AUGGCGGAAGCCACGGGAGGCGGCGGCAGCAGCACGGAGGAGGGGCUGACGCUGCUGGGGUUCUGGACGAGCCCGUUCGCGCUGCGGGCGCGGUUCGCGCUGAACCUCAAGGGCGUCCCCUACGAGUACGUGGAGGAGGACCUGUUCGGCGAGCGGGGCAAGAGCCAGCUCCUGCUCGCCUCCAACCCGGCCCACGGCGGGAAGAUCGUGCCGGAGGCGGCGCCGCUGGUGGAGUACAACCUCAUGAAGCGGGCUCGCCGCGGCCUGCCGUAUCUGCCGCCGCACCAGACGCGGUAA